AUGAUCCCACCGACAGACUCUCUCCUGAAAUACAGCACCCCCGUUCUGAUCAGCAAGACCACAGACGAGAAAUUACCUAAGCAGGUGCGCCCCUCGAGAGCGGGCCCUCAGCAGUCCAGUGACUCCAGCCCUGUUCCACCUCCACCUAGAUCCUCAGAUUCUACUGAGGACACCUGGAAGGGAAAUGAGGCCACUUUGGACACCAUCUUCCCACCAAGAGAAUGGAUGGUAGGGAAACAACAAUGGCUGCAGCAAGUGUCCAGCAUUCCUUGUACAAGAACAGAUGUCGUACGCCUCGAGGAACUGCUGGACACAAACCUACAGAGGAGGCAGGCCAGAGACACGGGCAUCUGUCCCGUUCGCAGGGAGCUCUACACCCAGUGCUUUGAUGAGCUCAUCCGACAGGUGACCAUCAAUUGUGCCGAGAGGGGUCUGCUGCUGUUGCGGAUUCGAGAUGAGAUUAACAUGUCCUUUGCUGUCCAUGAGACCCUGUAUGAGAGCAGCAUUGGGUUCGGCAUGAGGAAAGCACUGCAGGCCGAGCAGGGCAAAGCUGACACGGAGAAAUGCACUGCUGAUCUGAAGAAUGAAAUUCAAGACCUGAAUAGGGAAUUGAACGAGGAGAAAACUAAAUGUGACGUGAUAGAACAGAGAGAAGCUGAAAAGCGGCAGGUGGAAGAGAAGAAGUUCACAGAGGAGAUUCAGUUCCUUAAGAGAACCAAUCAGCAACUCAAGAACCAGCUGGAAGGGAUCACACCGAAAAAAUGACUGCAAAAUAAAAAACCCUGAGUUACCAUUUCCCCAUUUGCCGGAUGAAAACUUGAACAUCAAGAGAGCAUCACACCUGUAAAU